AUGGCAGCAAGGUAUCCGUACAGCGCCUUAGGCCAGGCCGAUGCACAUGACGACGCCCGCCAAGGGCCCGCUGUCCCUACACAUACCGCUUUCGCAUCGCCGUCAUCGCCGACUUCGACGUCGCGGCCCACAGCGACCGUGCAGUCGCCCUCACUCUCGCUCUCGCUCUCACCUUCGACAUCGCCCUCGACGUACAUGACGCUGGCCGAGCAGACCUUUACGCCGCUGUCCAUGGUCAGCGACAAUUGCCCGUCAGACCUGGAGAUGCGCGAUCGAAUUGGCAAAUCUGGAGGGGCCUUUUACAGGACGGCCCCAGCGGCCCUAGCGGCACCCGCGCCAGCGCCAGCGCCAGCGCCUGCACCCACCCCAGCGCACGGCGUCAACGCUAGGAUCCAAUCGUUCGAGGCCCUCCAGGCAUUGCACUCCGCCGCAGCUGCCAGGGGACACAAAUUCGUAUCGGCGAUUAAAAUCAAGAGUCAGCACGCGCGCCUCGUCUCGCCCCCGUUGACGGUUUCUCCCUCGCCGCCACCGUCUCGAGCUACUGCUACGGGUGCAACGCUUGCAAAAACGGUCUUGGACGCGAGUAGGUCAACGGCGACAGCGAGUCAAGACAUUGCUACCCGCACUGCCGACGAAAAUCGAGAAAAUAGAGACAGAGACAAGGGCGUCGCGCUGCGCCUGGAAAACCCCGAAGCGCACAGCAUCCAACGACCUGUGCCGCGCACUGCCGCUCCUUUACCAUCAACUCCUUCGGGCUCCCAUCUCAACUCUGACUCUGCAGUCGGCCCCUCGCUCCCAUCCGCUACUGUUGGCGACACAAGACUGACCCGGCCCCCCCUUGUCCGCACGUCCUCGACUGCUAGCCUGUCAAUCAGCCACCCGACCCCUGACCUCAACAAACGGUCCCGAUCCGGCGCCUACCUCGGCAACAUUGCUGCUCUCGAGGCCACCGCCGAGCGCCUGUCCAUGACAAGUUCCAUCGAGGACGCCAUACGCGACGAACACAACGAACUGAAGCGUAGCGACAGCCGCCGCUCCUCGAUCCUCGUCCACGCCGACAGGAAGGUCUCGUCGGAAAGCGGCUCCAUCUUCAGCCAGCCCCUAUCUGUCAUAAGCAGGAACAGCUCCAUCUUGGGCACGAACAACGCGGCGCGAUCAGGAGGCUACUCGCCCGGAGGAUAUUUCAUGAGCCCGCAAGACUCUCUAUCACUCUCGUCGGCGCUCCUGCGCUCGGGAAGCAAGGGGAGCUCUGCCGGCAUGCCGUCACCCAGGACAGGCGUUGCCGAGAACUCUGGCCUGCUGUCCGAGGCUGGAAACGGCGAAGACUUUCCCUCGACACGGAGCACUGCGAGCAAACUUUCUCUCGCCCAGAUUGCCGAGCUCGACAACAACCCGACUGGCUUGACCCUCGAAGCACUCGAGGAAGCAGACCGUGCUGCCGCUUCAGGGGAAAGCCUGGACGACGAUGACGACGAAAUGAUCAGGGCCCAGGCCCACCAGCACAUUGAAGCGCAGUUUGCAGACGACGACGACAUGUACACGCCUGAGACGGAGGCCAUGCAGCCAAUGCUCGACCACGAAUUCGACCAGGCCCCUCGGCUACAGCUUCACCAGCCCGACGAGUACUUGCCUUAUCGCCCACAGUCCCGCGACGGAACGGAGAGGCCAACUACUUCGGGAACCACCGCGACGUACGACCAAGCGCAGACAGCUUUUGGUGACUUUGACGGCGUCCACUGCGACCCCGAUGUCGACGAGCCCCCGGCAGUCCCAGAACCACAGCCCAGAAAGGAGCGACAGCGACCGCCCGCCCCUCCAAAGGAGCGACCGUCGACGUACUUUGAUACGGGCACGGGACAGCAGAUGGUCUACUAUCCCGCGCGCGUUCCUGCGAUGCUGAACCUGCCGCCCAAGCUGUCAAAGAAGCCCAAAGCGGCGGCGGCACACAACAUACGUCGCUCCCAAGUUAUGAGCGCGAUGCCGCUGGCAGCCCGCGAAUCCCGCGUGUGGUUGCCCGACCCGAUCGAAGGGCUGCAUGGGAGCAAGGAUAACCUGCCAUUCAUGGCAGGCUUUUCAGAGGUUGACCUCGGCCCGGCGCCUUCGAGCGCGGACCAGACGCCACAGCUCGCUGGGCUGGACGGGGUGGAUCGCGAGCAAGACCCGUCGCACGUGAGACAGCCGUCUGAGACAAGCACCAUCAUCCCGCAGCCGCCACAGCCCCCCAUCCCCUCCGAAAAGCGCGAGAUUCGCCGGCCGCAGCGUCUUACAAAGACAGACAAGCACCAAUCGCGUGCUACGGCUCUCGAAGGACUGCCGCCCCAGCUGCGAGCGAGUGCUUUUUUCGACCUACCCUCGACCACGCCGCAGAUCGAGGUAAAGGGCGGCUCCGCCAUGGCGACGCUCGACAGCAUUCUAGACGCGUCAGCACAUGCCCCCGUUAGCGCGUUUACGGACCACGCCUUUGCCGGUCAUCUGGGAUCCGAGGUGUACGGCCGCGAAAAGAAGAGGAAGAGCAAGAGACCCUUCACCGAGGACAUGGGCGACCGCAAGACAAUCAUCAUGAGGAACUCUACGAGCGACUUUCUCAGUCCGCAGGGACCCAAAAAACGGGCAAGCCAGCUCUCGCUGCUCGGCAAUCGGAGCCCGGACACGGAAGCCAACGAACGACGGACGACGCUUGGGAUUCUCAAUGGCGCCAGCCGCGCCUCGAGCAUGCACGACGACUCGUCGCCUUCCACGGACCACGCUCCCUUCUCUCCGAACCAGCUCGCACCCGACUCGGACGAAGACCCAGAUGGGAGUGAAGAAAGCUCCGAGGAAGGGGACCUGGCAUACGACGGACCUCCGACAACACUGCUCGCAGAGCUGCAGCUGCGGAAACAGCGCAACAAGAUGAGAACCCGUCCGACUGCCCAGGCCUAUCCGGACGGAAUGCACAGCACCCUGCUCGAGCUCGAUGCGGUCGCCGAGGUGGAGCGCAAGGCUAGAGGGGCCAAGCGUGUCAACCUCGCUUGGGAAGACCCGAGCACGAACCUCGACCACCUCGAGGACAUGGACGACGACGACGUGCCGCUUGGCAUGCUCUUCACGGCCAAGGCGGCCGCCGCUGCGAACGGGGUGAAUCGGUCAACCAUAGACAUCACCGCUGUCAUGAACGAGGUGCACCGGCCGCUCGGCCUGAUGGAACGCCGCGAGAUGGAGGACAACGAGCCUCUGAGCCACCGUCGCGACCGGCUCCGGGGUGGAAAUAACGGCCACAUGCCGCUGUCCCUGAGCGUGAUGCAGCAGCGCAUGAGCCAGCUAACAAUGACGCCGGCUGCUGGCUCGCCAGGCAUGCGGUCGCAGUCCAGACUGGCCCUACCUCUGCAGCCAUCCGGGAGCUCUGUGGAAAGCGACGGUGAGGUUCAGGGCGAGAGUCUCGCGGCUCGCAGGGCUCGCCUGGCCGCCGAAAACCCCCUGCCCCGCGCUCGCCCCGUCAGCGGCCUGUUCACGUCCGAACUUCUCAGCCACUUUGGCGGCGACGGCGAGGACCCCAAAGACAAGGGUAAGGGGACUGAUUCUGACGGGCACACCGUAACCGACCGCGGCAAAGAGAACGCGGCGCCUGGCAAUGACCUGCCCGAGGAAGAAGAAACUCUCGGCCAGCGGCGGCGCAGGCUGCAGGCCGAGCGCGAGGCCCGCGAGCGCGAGUUCGCCACGGGUGGCGCAAUCCCGGCUGGGACGCCUCUUGGCACCAACGCAAACUUUGCGCAGGCUAGGGCCAACCUCGACGCCAACCGCCUGUCACGCCGGCUGUCAAUGGCCGACGUGCUUGGCAGCCACCCGCUUGAAGCCCCGCGAGGCAUGGUGGACCCGCGGGACGUGGACCGCAUGAGGCAAGAGGCCGAGGCGGCCCGGAUAAGGAAGGAAAAAGAUGCACGGAUGGCAGCGGUGAGGGCGCAGAUGCCGACCGUCCUGCCCGUGACGAACUCUGGUCUCAAGCCGGGAGGCUACAUGGGCGGGCGAUUUAACAACGGACUCGGGGGCGCUACGAUCCCCAACGGCCUGGCCUACGGGGGCAACAACAACGCCGCCAUCUUCGGGACUCCGCAGCAGGCCAUGCCUGGAGGUGCGCAGUUUGGCGGCUACAACGGCGCCGCCAGUGCCUACGGCGUGCCAGUCGCGAUGCCGCCUGCCAUGAACUACGCCGCUCCGGCCUUCCCGGGCGUCAUGCCAAACGGCGUGGCCAUGUACAACACCAACGGCAUGAACGGCAUCCCCGCGGCAUAUGGCACCGCCUACGGCAUGCCGAUGGUCACGCCCCAGGCCCACGCCGACAUGGUGGAGCGCUGGCGUCGGAGCAUCAUGCCCUGA